AUGGAUGGCUGGGUGCCGGACCCAACAUCGUGUCAGCUCGGCACAGGCUCACUCUCUGUCUCCCCCGCCAUCUCUUUCUCGGUCCAGAGCGGGCUACGCCGGUGCCUGCUGGUCAACAGCCGCGGUGGAGGGUCCAGAAGCUCGUAUUCGUCCACGAAUAGCGAGCAGCGGCAGACAAACUCUCGCCUCGCACGCGGAUCGAUCCCGACGAUGCCUGGAUCGGUCAAGGGCAGAUCCGGCGACCCGGACCCCGUCCCGGCUUUCCGGGGAUGGUCCCUGUUUUCCCUUGCUUGGCGAGAUGCCGCCAAGUUCAAAGGUUGCUGA